AUGGACGCUGCGUUGAACGAAAUUCGAGAGCAAUACACCAAGGGUGACGCCGCGGAAAGACAGAAGAUCCAGGACCAGAUCAGAGAUCUCCAAUAUGAUCUAUAUACGGACUGGGAAGUGAUGUUUAGCUCUGCUUAUGCACCUCUCCGCUGGGCUCUCAUCCAGAUUGGAACCGAUCUCAAAAUCUUCACCACACUUGCGUCGUCCUCCACCACCGUGUCUCACAAAGAGUUCGUUGACAAGACCGGUGCUGCUCCUACUCUGAUGAAGCAUGUUCUCCGUUCCAUGGCGUCCUUUGGCUUGGUUAAAGAGACCGCGCAAGACACAUUCCAGGCAAAUCGCGUCACCGUAAUCUUGGCUAAUCCUCAUGUCGAAGGUGCUGCGCCGCAUAUCUCGGUCGUACAAGCACCAACUACCUAUGCUAUGCCGCAGUGGCUCAAAGACCACAACUACCAGAACAUGGACAGUAUCAACGAUCUCCCAUUUCACAAGGCGUUGAGAACCGACCUCUCACCUUUCGACUACCUCGAGGCCAAUCCAGUGCUGAUGAAGGCACUUGGUCACGUUAUGGUCUUGGAUGGGACGCAGAGCUGGACCGAGUCUUACCCAGUCGAGAAAGAGCUCCAAGACUUCAAGCCAUCCAACGAUUCUGCCGUAUUAGUUGAUAUUGGCGGAGGCUUUGGCCAACACUCGGUCUUCUUCAAGAAGAAGUUUCCGCAUAUCGAAGGCCGCAUUGUCGUGGAAGAUCUCCCUUCGACACUCAAGCAUAUCCCUGACAAACCUGCUGGCAUCGAUUUCGAGGAGUACGAUUUCUUCACACCUCAACCCAUUCAUGGGGCAAAGUUUUACUACCUUCGCCAUGUCCUGCACGACUGGCCAGACAAUGACUGCGUCCGUAUCUUGAAAAACACGAUAUCGGCCAUGGGUCCUGAAUCUCUCAUUCUGCUUGAUGAGGCGGUAUUGCCGGAAAUGAAGGUGCCCUGGCAGGUCUCAUCGAUGAAUAUGUUGAUGAUGGCUUUACACAGUGGUAUGGAAAGGAGCAAAGGAGACUGGGAGAGUUUGCUGGAUCGCGCGGGGUUGAAGAUUGCGCAUAUCGUCAAGUAUGAUGAUGUGAAACAUCACUGUAUCGUGGCAGCGGUCCCAAAAUAG